UCGGCGCUCGCACGGCUCGGCUCGGCUCGGCGGGCCCAAGAUGUCGACCAAGAAUUUCCGCGUGAGCGACGGGGACUGGAUCUGCCCCGACAAGAAGUGUGGGAAUGUGAACUUCGCGAGAAGAACCAGCUGUAACAGAUGUGGAAGAGAAAAAACGACAGAAGCCAAAAUGAUGAAAGCCGGAGGGACGGAAAUAGGAAAGACACUUGCUGAGAAGAGUCGUGGUCUCUUCAGUGCUAACGACUGGCAGUGUAAAACAUGUGGUAAUGUCAACUGGGCCAGAAGAUCAGAAUGUAAUAUGUGUAAUACUCCAAAGUAUGCUAAAUUGGAGGAAAGGACAGGAUACGGAGGAGGAUUUAAUGAACGAGAGAAUGUUGAAUAUAUAGAACGUGAAGAAUCAGAUGGGGAGUAUGAUGAGUUUGGACGCAAAAAGAAAAAGUAUAGAGGGAAGCCAGUUGGUCCUGCGUCUAUCCUGAAGGAAGUAGAAGAUAAGGAAUCUGAAGGGGAAGAUGAGGAGGAUGAGGAUGAAGAUCUCUCCAAAUACAAAUUGGAUGAGGAUGAGGAUGAAGAUGAUGCUGACCUUUCAAAAUAUAAUCUUGAUGCCAGUGAAGAAGAGGACACUAAUAAGAAAAAGAAAUCCAAUAGGCGCAGUCGUUCUAAGUCUCGAUCUUCCCACUCACGAUCUUCAUCACGCUCAUCCUCUCAUUCAAGCUCAAGGUCUAGGUCCAGGUCCCAUUCAAGAAGUUCUUCCAGUUCCAGAUCAAGAUCUCGUUCCAGUUCCAGAGAACACUCUAGAUCUCGUGGGUCGAAAUCAAGAUCCAGCUCCAGGUCCUACAGGGGGUCUUCCACCCCAAGAAAAAGAUCUUACUCAAGCUCUCGUUCAUCAUCUUCCCCCGAGAGAAGCAAGAAGCGAAGUCGUUCUAGAUCUUCUUCAUCUGGUGAUCGCAAAAAAAGACGAUCGAGAUCACGGUCACCCGAAAGACGCCGCAGAUCAUCAUCUGGAUCUUCCCAUUCUGGUUCCCGUACAAGUUCUAAAAAGAAAUAAUGUAUUAAAGCUCACAUUUAACAAAAACAAACAAAAAAAAAUUCCAGUCAGUGCAUGAGACAUUUUUAAGAAGUUGGUGUCUUACUUGGUCAGAAGUGCUAAAUCUGCUAGUAGAGGUGCAUGUCUGUCCUUGCUCUCUGGAAAACUGCAGCUUUGUUCAUUCAUGAAACAAAAAGUGAGGUAGCAUUUUAAGCCAUAAACUCCCCAGAGGAGGUGUGAAGCUUUAUUAUUUGAGUAAGGGG